AUGGAUGCUAUUUCCACGCUAUGGGAGCUCGACACAUUGGAGAGCGCAAAUGACUACCUGACCAGCCAUGGGCCCAAUACUCCCCGUCUACACCACUUUAUCGAUGGCUCCUACGGUAGACAUUUAGAAGCAGUUGAAUGGAUUGAGUCAUUAAAUCCUCGUUCCGGCAAGCUCCUGGUGCAAAUCCCCAGCGGCACAGUGACUGAUGUGGACAGCGCUGUGGAUGCGGCUUCGAUAGCGUUCCUGACAUGGUCAAAGACGUCCCGACAGGAGAGAUCGCAGGUGUUGAUGCGGAUUUCUGAUAUCCUGGGUGAGAAGAAAGAACUUUUCGCAGUCUGGGAGAGCAUUGAUCAGGGGAAGACACUGUCUCGGGCCAGGGUCGAGGUAGAGCGUGCAAUUUCGAACUUUCGAUACUUUGCUACAUAUAUCUUGCACGAAGAGGGCGCAGUGCGAUACGUUGAUGGGCAACCAUCCACCUUGACGUAUGAACAUCGAUCCCCCGUUGGGGUAUUUGGGCUCAUCUCACCAUGGAACAUGCCACUGUAUCUCCUGACGUGGAAGAUCGCUCCUUGUCUCGCAUUCGGAUGCACAGGUGUGGCAAAACCAAGCGAAGUCACCAGCAUAACAGCAUUUUUGCUACGUGAAGUCUUCCGGCAAGCGAAGCUACCAGCGGGCGUGAUGAACCUUGUUUUCGGCGAUGGCCCAGGCACUGGCUCAGCCCUCGUGAAGUCGUCGCGCGUGCGAGGAGUGUCGUUCACCGGCGGUACAAGCACAGGCAUCCGCAUCCGACAGGACACCGUGGCUGACAUUGGGAAGCAUCUGUCGCUUGAGCUUGGUGGGAAAAAUCCAGCCUUAGUGUUUGACGAUGUCGACCUGACCAAGGCAGUUCCUCUCGCUGCUCGGGCGGCUUUUGAGAAUAGCGGGCAAAUCUGCCUGUGCGGCUCACGUAUCUACGUCCAGCGCGCAGUGUACGGGAAAUUUCUGCCUGCACUGGUUGAAUACGUUGAAAGCCAUUACAAGCUCGGGGAGACGAUGGGUCCGGUUGUCUCGCGGGAGCACUACCUGAAGAUUCGCGGCUAUCUGGUACAGGCCCGGGAAGAGAACGCUUUCUUUCAUACGGGAGAUGUGCCGGACGAAGAUCCUCAGCAGGGCUUCUGGAUCGGGCCGACGGUUCUUAGUAACCUUCCGACCGGCAGUCGAGUCAUGCGCGAGGAGAUCUUUGGGCCCGUCGUUACCGUGUGUCCCUUCGACACAGAAGAAGAGGCUAUCGUGUUGGCAAACGACAACCCUAACGGUCUGGCCGGUAUUGUCAUGACCAACGAUCUAGCCCGAAUGCGUCGGGUGGGCGAGCGUAUCGAUGCCGGAUUGAUUUGGGUCAAUUGCUGGCUAGUUCGGGAGCUCGGCACAGGGUUUGGAGGCAUGAAGGCGUCUGGCACCGGCCGUGAAGGUGGAGCGUACAGCCGUGAUGUCUUUACCAAUCUGCGUACCCUUCAUGUGUCGCACUUCUAG